AUGAAAUCAAUUGGCAAGGAUUAUGACAAUAUUAUGGAGCAUGAAUCUAAUAGGCAGCUAAUUCCUCCAAGUUCUCCUGAUAAAAGCAACAUAGUUGGAGCCCCAAGGUCAAAUCCUCGAAUUGGUUUUGAAUACCAGGUGGAAGUUCCUUCCAUGAUAAAAGAAUCAAAACGGCUUAAACUUCUAAUGAAUACUGUUGAUUCAGAACUUGUACAUAAUGAAGUGGAGGAUAAUGUAGCUAAUUUGAAUAACUCAUGGAGUGAUGCUGAUGUUUCCAAGUCAUAUUCAGAGGGGAGAAUUUCUCUAGAAGAAUAUAUCACUUCUUUGAAGUCUACUGUAGCACUUGGUGUUCUUGUGGAAGCUGUAGGUAUUGGAAGCUGUUUGGGCCGCUUACUGGCAAGAGGUUGGCACUCGGAGAAACUAAAGAAUCAAGGCUCUCUGAGCUCCAAAAAUUUUGUGGCCUUUCUUUUCCCUGGUGUUAAAAAAUUUUCAAGAAGAAAACUUGUGAAAGGUGAUCAUUGCUUUGAUUCUGUCAGUGAUGUCUUGAGCAAAGUGGUAGCUGAACCAAAUCUUCUUAAGCUUGAAGUUGUAGAAACUAAAGUUGGUGGCAGCAAUGAGGAAGAUGCAGAAACGGGAUCCAACAAGGAUGGUCAACCUGAUAACCAUCACCAUCGUUACCUCAAACACCGAGCUUCUACUAACAAUGGAGACCAUAUGAAGUGUGCAAUUUUUUAUACUGAUUUGGUGCACAGAGGGAAGUCAUCUAAUUUAAGGGAAUUGAAAUCUUUACCUGGCAAUUCGGUAGGUAAAGUUGAGGUAGAUGCUGAUGAUAUAGCAUAUAAUAAAGGGAACAAGCAUAUUAGUAAAACAAAACACAGGAAAGGUAAGCUUGAUGACAUUUCACCAAGUGGGACAGAAACUGCUAAGAUAUACAGCAAAAAGAAUAGUAGUAAUGCUGACUGCCAGAAAGCUAAACACAAUAGAGAUGCUACUGGCCAAAAAGAAGUGAAUGCUAACCCUGAUGAUGCAAACAAGAUGACAGAAAACCGUGAAAAUCAGAAGACCUGUGUGCCUGAUGGCAAUCAACCAAAGAGAAUCAUAGAGAAUCAAUUCAGUCAAAGAGCAAGAUCAGGUCAUUCAGAUGUUGCAGUUCCUCCCAUCAAACGGCAAAGACUCACUGCUUGGGCUAAGGCUGAGACAAGCCACAUUCUUAAGAACUCCUCAGGAGGCUUAGGAUCAGAAAAACUGGGACUCUCAGUCAUCUUGCUUUCCAGAUGCCAACAAGAAAGCCGAGUCUGUCUUGACAAGGGUAUUUCUUGUGACAAAGUUGAUAAAUAUGAAUCACAACAUUCCAUCAACUUCAAUGCACCUCAGGUUCCACUGAAGUUUGAAGAUGGUGAAAUGAUGGCAAAGGCAGAGAAGGAUGAGCAGGGCCUAAAGCCAAAUGAUACAAUUCCAAGGAGGAAGAGCACAAGAAAUAGACCAUUGACAGUUAGAGCGUUGGAAUCUUUUGCAAAUGAAUUCUUGCAUGCACAAAGGAAACAGAAAAGAAAAGACAUCCUGAUACUUAAAGACCCAUUCAACGCUUGCAGCCGCAAGGCUCGCACCAAAGGUCUAAAGAAUGUUGCAUAG